AUGGAGGCUCUCGGUCUUGUUGGGUCGAUAAUUGCAAUCAUCGGGGCUGUUAGUGCAUCAUACGGCACGAUAAGCAAGAUCACGGAUCUUCCGCAAGCAUUCAAGAAAGUCAAAGAGGCUCUGCCCCUAGCCCAAAAAUUGCUCGACGAUGUUGAGACAACCUUACGAAACUCCCGAUUGUCCGAGGAACAACGCAAGUCGGUCCAGGAUAUCCUCAACGCAUGCAACAAAGAUGCCAAGGAGAUGGAGAGGAUAUUUAGAACCCUUGAGAGAAAAUUCAAAGAAGAUCGGGGUGCGACAAGUUGGUCGGUUUCGGUUCGUGGGUGGUAUCGCACCGCGCUGCGGAGCGUGAAGGCUCACCGUGUUGAAGAUCUCAUGAAGUCUAUCCUAGGGGGCCUAGAGAAGCUGGCCCUGAACCAGGUGUUUCAGCUAGCAACAACAGGAGAUCUUGAGGCUAUUAAGACGGCUAUCGAUGAACUUUCGACGGUGCCUCCAUCACUGGACGACUCGGAGUUCGAUGCGUUUGGGCAGAUGCACGCCCAUAUGGAUGUCUCAGAUAACGCCACUGCUCAGCAGAUCAAUGCGCAGGGAGGCUGCCAUACAUUCAACUCUGGGAGGAAUGUAUUCAGCGGCCCUAUCCAAAGUUUGAGCUUCCCCAGCACACAGCGCCAAGAAAUCCUUGAGCUUCUCUCAUCUGAUUACGAGGCCUCCAAAGAUUUCAACGUCGAGAGAACGAGGGGGACAUGUAUGUGGAUUUUUGACGACCCCAAGUUCAAGCAGUGGAGGGACUCUGGGUCUUCCGGAAUACUCUGGAUCUCUCUGGGCCCAGGCUGUGGCAAGACUGUUCUGUCGCGAGUGUUGGUAGAUGACCGCCUCGGAUGUACCACUACAGCGAGAACAAUCUGCCAUUUCUUUUUCAGGAAGGACGACGAAAGAAGAAUCAAGGCCAGCCAAUGUCUGUGCGCGAUUCUUCACCAAAUCUUUACCCAGACCCCUGGUGCUAAUUUGAUUCGGCAUGCCGUACAUGCUUAUGAGCAACAUGGCAAUAUGCUGUGCCAAAAUUUCUCUGUUCUGUGGAAGAUAUUGGUCGAAUGUAUUCGAUCACCAGAGUCGGGGAAGAUUGUCUUCAUUAUCGAUGCCCUCGAUGAGUGCCAUGGCACCGCUAGACACCAGCUACUUGACAAGUUCCAGCACUUGUACCGGGAGGAGCAGUCCUCGCCCAGAGCGAAUUUAAAUCUCUUGAUAACUAGCCGCCCAUACGACGACAUAAUUUCCACAUUUGAAGAGUUUCCAGCAACCGCCGCGUCGCGUAUCCGGGAAGACGAAAAGAUAGCCGACAUCAGUCGAGACAUCGACCUUGUCAUUGAUCGACAGGUUGAGAACCUUGCCAGCAGGCUCCAUCACCGCGACAGACAGCGCCUGUCGAAGCAGCUCAAGGAAAUGAAGAAUCGUACCUAUCUCUGGCUUCAUCUAAUCUUCGGAAUUAUUAAGAAGAGAAUGAGCGCCUAUGGAAAGUCGUCCAGUAUCCUGUUACUUUUGGAGAGUAUUCCCACCGAGAUAUCCGAAGCUUACGAAGAAAUAUUGAGGAGGAACCAGGACGAAAAACUUACCGAUACCCUGCUUCGAAUCGUCCUGGCGGCAGUGGAACCUCUGACUCUCCAGGAAGCAAACAUUGCGUUGACAUUGGCUGGGAAAAAGCUUUGGCGUUCCAUCGAUGAGCUGGAAGAAGACAUGUGGCCUUCCGAGGAUUUCAAGAGAAUAAUCGAGAAUGCCACUGGUCUUUUUAUCCGGGGUCGAGGCCCAGCAGAUCGUCAGAUCCAUUCCGCUUCUACGCCGGCCUUAAUUGGGGGGUUCACUAUCGUGCACAGGAAGCCCACACGGCAAAGGCGUGGCGGGCCGAAGCUCGCCUUCUCUGCACCCGAAAAGGAGGGAAAAUUGUGGGCAGGCUUUCCGCGCCUCGGAACGGCCCUGAUGGGGUUUAAUCGCUGGAACGAUUUAGCCGCAGUUAGCCACCCCGGCCUACAGCCAGUUGUCGAGGAAAUGUUGAGUACAGAGGGAGCUGGCGAUAUUAACGCGCCCAUGGGUUCUUCCGGCAUAGCCUCCAUCUCGCAUUUGGCCAGGGCCAUCGAGACGUGA